CGUAGUCACACCAAAAAAUCCUGAUCGCAUCUGGAACAUCGUCCAAAUCAUAAACGCUAGGAUUUAGAACCGGGUUGGAAUCGCUGUGUUACACUGUAACACUUUUCUAUUUUUUAGAACGGAACCAGACAAGACGCAUCCAAAUAUUUCGCCGUGACAUCGCUGUUCGAAAGCGAAGACUGUGGCCUGCGAAAACCAAGAUCGGAUCGCAUCGAACCRAGUCCAUCGAACCAAAGCGGAUCACUCCAUCGACGCCUGCUAGCAACCCACAAAAGACCACUCCACUCCACUCCACACAAAACCACUCUACACAAAACCACACCAGCAGCGAUGGAACCCCCCGCCGAGUGGCCCCCCCAGGUGCGAGAGUCGUACGAGCCGCUCAGGGUCCUGGGGGUCGGCGGCUUUGGAUCCGUCGUCCUUGCCAGGGAGACCAAGCCGCCCCCGGAGGCACCGGCGGACGGAASAACACGCCCGAAAAAGGUGGCCGUCAAAAUGGUCGGCGCCGUCGGCAACAACAAGGACGACUACGACGACGAGGAACAACAGGACAUGGCGGUCUUGUACGCGCGGCGGGAGAUCGAGAUCCUCCAGCACGUCUCGCACCCGGGCAUCGUCCGGCUCUUCCACCACUGGAUCGUCGAGAAGGAAACAGCGUCCGACCAGGCCGCCGCCGCCGUCCUUGUCCUCGAGUACGCCAAGGGACCGACCGUGGAAUCCCUUCUGAAACACGGCGGGGCCCUGUCGACGACCUUCGGCCAGGUCGUGAUUGCGCAGGUCGUCGAYGCCCUUGCCUACCUCCACUACCGCGCCGUCCUGCACCGGGACAUCAAGCCCGACAACAUCCUCGGUACGUAGCAAACGCCAACGCAAAAAGGGRCAGGGYGGRCCGUCCUGCCGRUYUGUCUGCCUGCCUGCSUGCCGGUAUUUCUGUCUUGAAAUCGCUUCGGCUUGAAGGCCACYGCAUUCGUSUACCAUCCCYGUUGCCGAAACAAACAGUCUUGUGUUCUCCAAUUGUCACUCUCUCACCCACUACCCAUCCCAACCUACUUGUUGGAAUCAUUGAUUCCCACCAACUCGCGGUGAUCUGUUGCGAAACCUACAAACAAAACCAAAAAAAUUAACGAAACAAAACAAAACAAAACAAAACAAACGAACAAAUCGACCCGCUUCUAGUCACGGGGGCCCUCUCCUCGGACGCUUCCAUCUGGGACAACGACGACGAGCACGACCCGUCGGAGAAGCCCGACUGGGCCGCGCUGCGGAAAAAGUACAAGGUCACGCUCAUCGAUUUCGGCUUCGCCCGCGCCCUGACACCGGGCGACGUUGCCAAGCCCAACCAGGAAACCAUGAAAAAGGACGCCAGRCGGGCGAGCUACCACGAGCUCCUCCUCAACGAGAACGCCAAGGCAGGGGCCAGCGGGGAGGAAAAGGACCUCAGCGAGUCGARRCGCAAGAGCCUCCUGGGGUCCUCCAUGGGCCGGUCGAUCCGCAAGCGCCUCAGCGGCCUGGCGGGCGGCGACUCGAUCGACAAGAGCAACCGGAGCGCGAUGAGCAACGACAGCCUCGGGUGGUCCAGAAGGAGCGUGUCCCACGGGCUCACGAGGACCAUGUCGACGCUGGGAAACAGGUAAGCGCAUGUGUGUGUGUGUGUGCGUGUGUGUGUCUGUGCUUGUGUUUCCUUUUUUCCGGGUGUUGGUUCUUCUUUCUCGGAUGGAUGGACGGAUGGAAUUCGGAUUGGACGAUCGGGGUGACACUCAUUCAAGUUCUUUCUYCGUUGCAACCUGUUUCGAUACGGCAUGUUUUCCUUGUUUCGCUCCCCCCAAAACAGAAACUUUGCCGCGCCGGAAAUCAUCAACAACGUUCGCAAGAGCCCAAAGGACAAGGCCAGCACCGGAGGUUCCAAAGCAACACCCGGUAGCUCGGAAACCGACGGCAAAGCCGAGGCCUCCGAGGCCCCCAUCACCGAGACCAUCCUGGAAUUCGUGGCGGACUACGGCCUGCUGGUGGACUCGUAUUCCCUCGGGCAGGCCAUCAAGUACAUGAUGACGGGCGUCCACCCGGGCAGGGACCUGGGGGAAGCGAUCCGGAGCCAGGAACGGAGGGGCCUCCUGGGGUCGCUCUGCCCGUGCCUCGCAAGCCGGGAGGCUUCUUCCCCGAAAAAGCGGUCCGUCCGGUACCGGAGAAUGGACGACCUGCCCGGCAAGAUCUUCGUGCUGAUCGGCCUCCUGCUGGAGGUCUCGACGCAGAAGCGGGUCUCGGUCCGAAAGGCCCGGCAGAUCGAGUGGAUCGACGAGAUCCUGGCGGCGGGGGAGCCCAAACCACCGGUGCGUGUGGGUGCUUGCGCUCCGGGAAAGCGGGGGUUCAAGGUGUCUGUUUGCUUGCUUGCUCGCUCGCACACACUGUCCCUCACUCUUGUCGUUUUCUUUUUUUCGUUUGUUCGUUCGUUCGUUCGUUCAUUCGUUCCGUUUUCCGCUGUUUCGCUUCCAGGAGGACGGGACCCGCCUCUACGCCCUGGACAAGCUUUCGUACCUGCCCUUUGCGGAAGGCUCGGCAAACGCCACCCCCGGKGUCCAAGCGGGCCACUGAGCCCCGGUCCUUGCGUGGGUUUCGUUUCGUUUCUCUCUGUAUUUUGUAGUAGUAUAUUUGUAUAUCCUGGAUCGCAAUCCAUCUACUAGCAGCUGCUGUCACAACACUGCUACUGCGAUACCUCUGCUUCCGCCGCCACUACUACUAUAAAACAUACUAAAAUCC